AUGGUAUUCGAGCCGGUUCACGAGGAAGAACAAGUCUUUGUCGACUUUGCCAUCGAAUUGGUUAAGAAGGCGGGAACGCUCGUCCGCACCGCAUUCGACUCGGCUGAAAGUAAAGUGGAGACGAAAUUAUCGAAUACCGAUUUGGUGACGGAAACGGAUCAAGCAGUCGAGAAACUUCUUAUUCAGGGUCUAUCCGACAGAUUCAAAGGGCAUCGAUUCAUUGGCGAGGAAUCUGUCGCCGGUGGCGCCAAAAUCGAAUGGACCGAUGCGCCGACGUGGAUUAUCGAUCCGAUCGAUGGAACCACCAAUUUUGUGCAUCGAAUCCCAAUGAUUGCGAUCUGCGUCGGAUUGGCGAUCGGAAAGAAGCUUCGCGCUGGAAUUGUCUACAAUCCGAUAACGAAUGAACUCUAUUUGGGACAAGUGGGAAAAGGAGCAUUCAAGAAUGGAUUCCCCAUUCGAGCUUCCAAAAAUCAAUUGCUCUCGAAGGCGGUCCUCUGCCAAUCACUCGGCCUUCACAACCGAGUUCAAUUCGGCGAUCGUUGGCUCGACAUUGCCCAGGAAACAUGCGAAAUCAAGUGUUGGCCGGUGUGCGAGGCAAUUGCGGAAAGUGUGCUCAUCCUUCAACUCGGCUCGAUUCGAUCUCCAAUAAUGCAGAAAUCGUUCGUCGACAGCUAUCGCGCGGUGAUGUUCGAUAAGCAGUGUCAUGGUCACCGCUCAUUCGGAUCGGCUGCCAUCAACAUGGUAAUGGUCGCUCAAGGAAGCUGUGACGGCUACGUGGAGUACGGUAUCCACGCGUGGGACGUCGCCGCGCCCGCCGUCAUCGUCCUCGAAGCGGGGGGCGUGGUCACCGAUCCGACGGGCGCUCCGUUCGAUGUCAUGUCGAGAAAAGUGCUGUGCGCUGGCACUCCAGAACUCGGAAAGGAUUUGAGCAACUGUCUGACUCAUGUCGAUUUUGAGCCGGAGGCUUAA